GGCGGGCAGCCGCCGCGCGUGUGAAGGCAGGCGUGCCGCCCCUGCCGCGCGGGCAGCCGUGAGUGGAGAUGCAGCAGGCUGCCGGACCCGUCGCCGGCGAGCGCCUCCGAAGUGCCGAGGUCUUGCGGACCAAGGAGGAAGACGAGCGGAGCAGCUGGUGGCUGACCAAGGAGGAAGACGAGCGGAGCAGCUGGUGGCCUACAUCCGGGCGCACGGGGAAGGCUCCUGGCGCGCGCUGGCCAAGGCCGCCGGGUUGCUGCGCUGCGGCAAGAGCUGCCGCUGCGCUGGAUGAACUACCUCCGCCCCGAUCUGGCAACUACACCAACGACGAGGACGAGCUCAUCAUCUGCCUCCACGCCCUCCUCGGCAACAAGCGUGGUCUCUCAUCGCCGGCCAGCUCCCGGGCCGCACCGACAACGAGAUCAAGAACUACUGAAACUGGUACAUCAAAUGCAAGCUCCUCGCCCGCAUCAUCGACCCGCAGACGCACCGCCCGGUCGGCCGAGACUCCGUUCCCGUCGCCACGCACCCUGACUCCUGCGGCCGCGCUGCCACUGCACCCCGCAUCCGCCCCCCGCUGCUCCGGCAGCCGCCAAGUUCACCGCGGCGGAGUCCUUGGACGACGGCGGCGGCCGCAGCACGACCUCGCCAUGGCGUUCCUCGUCGCGAGGCUGUCCGCACGACCUCAGCGCCGCGGAGGCGCUCGCCGGCGACGGGCCCGGUAGCCUGCUGCAUCUCCGCUCGUGGCGGCCCGACGGCAGGGGCGGCGCGCCUGCCUCCACACGCGUGGCGGCUGCCCGCCUCCCCACUCGCGGCGACGGGCCUGCCUCCCAGCUCGCACGAUGGCCGGGCGACAGAGCCCCCUCGCCUCUCCUGCGCAAGAUUCGGCGAGUGCGGCGGCAGGGGCGACGACGCCCGGACGCGCGGGCGCGAGCCCGGGAUGUGCAGGAUUGGGCGCCGUCAGGGGCGGAUUCUAUUCGUCGCGCGCGCUGUUAGAUAAAAGCUGUCGCAGAAGACCGUGGAGGGAGCCGUGCAGGCCUAAUUUUGCAUGCGCACGUCAUUGGCCGGUUGCUUUUUGUUUCUUCUUUCAUUUCAUUCGCUGGCAUCGCUGGCAGGCAGAAGCUAGCAGUCAGUGUUGUCCCGCGAGGAAGCGUUGAUUCAGUGAUUCUCGUACAAACAGGAUUCAACUAAACAACGUAGUUUAUAAAAUAUAAUUAUCCAAAUCAGAUUUCUAUCU